UUAAAAAACAGCAUCUUCUAGAUUCAUCAUGAAGCUCUAUUUGGGAAUUCUUGCUUUUCUUCUUGUGGCCUUUGAAAACACCAAAGACCAAGUCUGGUGGGGCCCAAUAGGAGAGUGGAAUAAACCAGGACAAAGACUUCCACUACCACGACGACAACCACCAAAACGAAAUUAAUAUACUAUUAGAACUUUCCAACCGAGAGGACGGGGCCACAACAAAAGCGUGUCUGUAGUGUUCGGUAAAGAGAAGCAUCAAUACCUGAACAGAGUACAUUUGUCGACCCUUUGCAGAUAGAAAAAAAUUAUAAGCAAAUUCUUGCAGAUGUAAAAUCCGAAUUUUGUUUUAAGUCGAUCUUAUUAAAUUUUUAGCAUAACAUUUAAAGAGACAAGUCUCUCAACCUGCGAAAAAAAUGAGAAAUAAUAAUAGUUGAAAGUAAAUGUUUACUUAAAUUAGUAUUUUCUCCACAUCUUCAUUUACGAACUUACUCAAUCAAAAUGAGGAUUUCUUUUUAUUUUAGGAAAACUUCAUAAUAUUUAUGGUGGGCUCAUUUAUAGAGACCAUAUUCCGGUCUUUAUUUUAAAAAAUAAAAUACUUUCAUACAAGGCUUAUACGAAUCUUGGUUCUUGUCAUGCUUCCAAAUUGUAAAACAUAGUUGUUUUGAAAUAAUUGCAGUUAAUUUUUAACUUGUUUCCUAUAUCUGAAAUCUGUCGCAAAUACCGAGUCAGUUCUUUCUAGCUACAAAGUGACUGUGAAAAUGCGAGUCUACAUAUAUCACAUGCGCCCGGUGCUGUUCCUUUUUUACAUGAUUGAAACAAUGGUCAACAUGUUCGUGAUCUUCGUGCAUCUGAAAGGAUGGACUAGGAUCGACAACUUAGGACACCACUUGUAUCUGGUUUUCUGUUACAUAUUUACGGUGCUGACACUCUUUGCCUCCAUAAACCUGUGCACCGGAAACCAUACUUCGAUCGUCGAGGAGGUGGUUCGUCCGCUUGCAGGAUUCAUCGUCUACACGGUCUGCUCAUUGAUGAUACUGCGCGAUGCCGAGUCGGACUUCUAUAUUCUGUACGCCGAUACAAAGCCGGAGGAUCUGAUCCUGCCGGAGAAGCCACUGCAUCCGUACUUUCAGUAUAUGCGCGCCCAGGCGACGUCCACCUUGGUGGCCAGUCUGAUCUAUCUGCUGCACUGCCUCAUCGCGGUGGAUGUCCUGCUGUCGAACGAGGACUCUGAUGACGAGCGGGAGACCUCUGACGAACUUGCCGAGGAGUUGGAUUACGUGCCGGUGCGUUUGUACGUCCUCGGGGGCACAGUUCAGCACUGGCUGGAACAGUUCGAGUGGUUCCAGGACUUCACCACCAGUGGAAUUAAAGUAAUCUGAUCUUUUGACACUAGAAGCUCUCAAAGCUCAGAAAUAAAAAAAAUAACUAAGAGUUUA